AAAAAACCCACCGAUCGCCGCAGCUCAGUUUCGCUCGCUCAUCCGACCAUGCUCGCGCCGCCAUGGACAGGCCCGACGACGACGUCAACGACGAUGGCCGAGAGCAGCGGCUUGACCACCGGCCGCUGCAUGGACUCGCCGACAACGUCGUCGCUCAAGCGCUCGUACACGGCCAUGGUCGGCGACCACGCGCUGGACCUGGCGGGCCUGAGCCGGAUCUUUGCCGCCGUGACGCUUGCCCCCGCCAGUAGCCUCACGGACGUGCGGCCGGACGAACGCUUGUACAUCGAGGCCCAUCUUGUGCGACUGCUGCGCACGUUUCGCCCGGAUGCGCCCGCGCAUGUGCUACAGAAACUACCCUCGCUCGCCCGCAAGCUCGAUGCGAUCCUCUUCCGGCUCGCGCCGACCAAAGCCGACUACAUGGACAGCGCGACGCUCUACCGCCGGCUCGUGGCCAUCGGCGACGCCGUCCAGAACAAGAAGCGCAAGGCUGAAGCGACGACGGCGGGGUCACCCGACGACGAUGGGCGGCCGCCCAUGUUCAAGCUCUUCUCCGAGUCGCUCUCACGCAUCGACCGGACCGCCGACAAUGCGGGCUUUGCGUUCACCGCCGUCGACAUCAACGGCAAGGAGCUCGGCAGCUUGGACCAGAUCAAAGACUUCCGACACCUCCGGUUCGUCAACGUCGCACGCAACAAGCUCUCGGACGCAUCGCCUGUGACGGCGCUCGAGUACCUCGUGCACCUCAACCUCGCCGAGAACAGCUUUCGCGAGAUCCCCAAGCUCAAGAACGCGCACCUCAAGGCGCUGGAUGUGUCCAAGAACCAGCUCACCGCCCUGACCGGCGGUGAGAGCAAGAGCCUCGAGGCCCUCAAGGUCAACGGCAAUGCGAUCACGUCGCUAACGGGACUCGGCGACUUUCCGGCGCUUAAAGCACUCGAGAUCUCGCAGAACGCGAUCGCCGAGCUGGCCGUCUUCGAGAACCAACUGACCAACUUGAACGGCCUUGGCGCCUUUCCCAACCUCACCAGCUUCAAGGCAGAGCUCAACAAUAUGACGACGUUGGCCGACCUGGCGGCGCUCGGCGCCUUGACCAAACUCCAGGACGUUGAUCUCACGGGCAACGCGGUGACCGAAGUCGAACACUAUCGACUGGAUAUGCUCUUGCUGUUGCCGAAACUCAGCAAGCUCGAUGGCAUCGCCAUCACGGACGACGAGCGCCUUGCCGCGAUCCAGCUCCACGCCGACCGCACGGCCGCCCCGUCCGAGGACGAGCCGUGA